CCCUCAGCUCGGCUUUCUUAUCAUGACUUUGAAGUUGCUAUAAAGGCAUUUCUGAGGCAGACACAGAAUCACCUACCGUGGAGCUGUGUUGAGUAUUGCGUGCGUUGGAGCUGAAUAACAUAAUCCUACAGUACUCAAUUCUAUUUUUUAUUCAAAUGAACUUAUAAAAAAAAGAUUGUGAACAUGGCAUGUUUUUCGUUUGUAGCCAAGACCCGGCCAACCAUUACAAAGAUAUCUCUCUAUGACCCUACUCAAGUACCACCAUCGAUCACAAUUACAAGGGGAACAGUCUACCAAUGUCUCAACAAAAUCAAGUGAAUUCGCUGAUGCGGCCAAUACGAACGAUCAAUUGGCCUUGGAUGACCUUGCUGAGCACUUUGGAGACAUUCCAGAUGAUGAUGAGGACGUGACAGCACAAGUCAAUUCCUUGUCAUCUGAGGCUAUCAUUCAGGACUAUCUCUCUGUUUCCUACCACAUCAUUUUUUCACCGAGCUAUCAAGUCCCAGUUCUAUAUUUUAACGCGUCUCAUCCAGAUGGCACAUCCAUCUCGUUGAACGAAAUAUAUGCUUCACUUGUACCUGAAGAAUGGCGUAGUAAUAUCCAGAACGCGGGAUUGAACGGUGGAAUAUCUCAGCAAGAUCAUCCAAUUUUGAACGUUCCUUUUUUUUACAUGCAUCCUUGCGAGACUGUCUCUCUUAUGGAUACUGUAAUCCAAAGCCAUAACAAUGAUCCUAACGUGCCCCAAUCAUCUUUUCUCGAAAACUAUAUUGCCACAUGGCUCAGUUUCACAGGGCAGGCCAUUGGUGUAGCCAUCCCUACCGAUAUGAUCGCUGGAACAAGCUAGGGGAAAAAAAAUCCCGAGUUCAUGCGCCUGAUAGACCGAUGGAUAUAAAUGAAGUCCU